AUGCCUAGCACCAACUCACUGACCCGACGUCUUUCGUUAUUGAUCGGCCGGCCCAUGAUGGAAGGCGUGCUUGAAGAGGAGACGUGCCACGAGGCAUUGCCCAAGCAGCCGUCCCCGCUGAUCCGCGGCCUGACCCGCAACCGCGCCUCUUUUUUCAGCAUGAGGAAAGACACUAAGCGCAAGCGCUUCAGCUGGGCGACGCUCCGCACUGCGCCGUCGAUCCCUGAAGAGCAAGAUGCGGGCGAGGUGCGUACCGCAGACGGCCCAGCGCCAGAGACAAGCAUCGAGGCCGUGGCGCAGAAUAGGGUCCAGGAAGCCGUGGAUCCUGCGAUAGCCGUCGUUGAGUCGCUCGGACCCGUGCAGGCGCCGAUCACACCGAGUACGCCCCUCGGCCUCGUGAAUGCAGACACAGGAAACGAGUCGCUUGCAAUGCUGAUCCAGCGCGCGACAAUGCCGCCGUGCCAAUCGAGUGCGGCGGCGUCGGUGGCGUAG